GCGGAGGAGAGGCGUCGUGGGCGCAGCAUCCAGAGAUACAAAGAAGACGGCGACAAUGGCAGAUAUAUCACUGUACCUCACUAACGUCAAUGUGUCCAUAGGACAGAACAUGGACGUGGAAAAGACUCUGAGUCCAAACCCAGGGAAGGACUUUGAGAGUGUGGAGCUGGGAGAAUUUGACAAGAAACAGGAGGAGGAGCAGCAGCAGCAGAGGGAGAAGGUUCCACGGAGGAUCAUCCAUUUCUCCAGUGGGGAGACCAUGGAGGAGUACAGCACCGAUGAAGAGGAGGAGGAGGAGGACAAGGAGCCUGAGAGGAAAGACCUGCUGUCUCCUCCGGUCGAUGCGGUGAGGUCGAAGAUGACGUGGGGUCCAUACUUUUGGUUCCACAUGUGGAGAGCUGCAACAUCCACCAUCUCAGCCUGUGACUACCUGGGUGAGAGGAUGGCCUCCCUCUUCGGCAUCACCUCCGCCAAAUAUCAGUACGCCAUCGACGAAUACUACAGGAUGAAGAAAGAGAGGGAGGAGGAGAAGGAGGAAAACCGUCUGUCCGAAGAGGCUGAGCGAUCCUUCGACAGGGCGGAGGAAGGGGAGGACGAGGCUAUCACAAUGACUGAACGGUCAGGGGAGAUGCCCGCCGCCGCUGCCCGCCCCGAUGCCACCUACCAGAUUGAGAAUGAAAAUCACACACCCGCUAACACCAUCAGAGUCCCCGCUAUCAUCACAGCAACUUAACCGGGACUUCAACACUUUAAUGCCUUUUUGUUUGUUAAAGAAGGAACACUGUCUUGUUUCACCAAGCACCGUUCGGUUUGUGUCAGAUACAGCUUUAAAGAAGGCCAGCGAAAAA